UUGUUCAUUAGUGACCAAGAUGUGUUUUCUUCACAUCAUAACAUUUUUGGCAGUUAUAAAUGCGUAUGGAUACCUUUGCUUCGGUAUUCCUGCUGAGAAAGGUUUGAUAAUUGGAACGUUCAGUCCCCCUUCGGUAAUCACAGUCAGAGAAAUACCUAUAAGCCACAGGGAUUAUUUCAACAACGCUUUAUUUCCACUAUCUACUCGCUGGUCUCGGAACGGCAUCACCUCUGAUCCAAAGAAAAAGGUUGUAUUUUUCUACAUCGGAGACACCAUUUACGAAUACCAAAAUUUUUCCAUCUGGCAGCAGCUGAAUAUAUCUCACUUUUCAAAACCAUUCAAAGGAAGGUCUCCAUCAUUUGGUCAAAUCGCUUUUGAUUAUGUUUCAAAUAAUUUAUACUGGUGUGAUGCACAGAUGAAAUGGAUCGCCAUGAAACCAGCAUACAAGGACGACAAUUUAAUGCUUAAAAUUGUCGUACACAACAAUCUGGGGUUCCCGCAAGGAUUAGCUCUUGAUCCUGAGGAGGGGUAAAUGUAUUAAAGAUUUACUAGUAUUUACUCCGUAAUGUAACUUUAACUUAAGGAGUAUGGCGUAAAAGCAUACAUAUAGAGAUAAUUCGAUAAGACUUAAAAUAUAUCAGGUUGUUAUAACUUCACAAAAAAUAGAUGUAUUGUCCAGUGAACUAGUAAUGCUAAUUGAGACUCAUACGCUUGUAAAGUGAAAAAAAAAUUCACUGACAUA